AUGACUGCGCAAAAACUCCCCUCUUCUCUUGUAAACACGCUCACCUCGCACGCCGGCCCCAUCAAUGCCAUCACUUUCUCUUCCCUCGGCGGCACAUACACCCUCACAGGCUCGUCAGACCGACAAAUCCACCUGUCACGCACCGUACCUACGAAUCCUGGCACUCCGUCCGUGCCGAUCCAGAAAUACACCGCACAUGGAUAUGCCGUGCUCGACAUCGCCGUUGCACAGGACAAUCAGACCUUCGCCAGCGUGGGUGGAGACAGGAGCGUGUUCCUGUGGGAUGUGCAGAGCGCGGACGGCACGUUGAGGCGGUUCGGCAGUAAUACAAACCAGGGCCAUACGAGUCGGAUCACCUGUGUCGCAUUCGCGGGUGAAGGAGAUAGUGUGCUUGUCAGCGGGAGCGAUGAUACAUCGGUGCGCAUGUGGGAUAUCAGGAGCCGGGAUGCGACGCCCUUGAUGGUGCUUGAGGAGGCCAAGGAUGGCAUCUCGAGCCUAGUCGUCCCUGGGAACGGGUACGAGGUUAUAUCUGGCAGCGUGGAUGGGAGGGUUAGGAGCUAUGAUAUCCGCAUGGGCUGCGUCACGGUGGAUGUGAUGCCGGGGCCAGUGACGAGCUUGGAGGUCUCAAGAGACGCGAAGACGGUCUUGAUCGGAUGUCUGGAUGGGAAGAUCAGGAUGAUGGAUCGCGUGGAUGGGACGUGUCUCAGGGCGUUUCCGCCAGAAGGGAAUGCUGAGGGAUACAAGAACGACAGUUUGCGGCUGAAAAGCUGCUUUGCGCUGAAUGAGAGUCUCGUGUUAAGUGGGAGUGAGAACGAUGGAAGAGUACGGGGCUGGGAUGUUCUAUCUGGCAAGAGUGUGGGGGCCGUCGGGAUCAAUCGGACUGGAAAAGUUGUCAGUGUCGUAAAAUGGAGAGAAGGCAGUCUGGUUCAAGGAAGACAGGGUCUUUGGGCUGGAGGAGGUGCUGAUGGCGUGGUCAAAAUCUAUGCAUAG